CUUUGUAACGUGUGGUUGACCUAAUUGUGCAGCGACAGCACUGCUGCUGCGAAUCUGGGAAGAUCCCUGCUACAGCACUCAUUUGGGCUUAGCAGUGUCUGCAAUGUGAAGCAGGACAUAGAGAGCCUGCUGUCUGCACAUGAUAAUGUUUAUGUAGUGGAUGACACAGUUCUGGAGCUAUCAGAGGUGGAAGAAACGGCAUCAGAAAGCAGCUGUUUUGCAUCUGAGGACACCACAGAGGACUCGGGUGUUGUGAGCUCCCCAUCUGACAUUGUAUCUUUGGAUUCACAAAAUGACAGUAUGAAGCUGAGAGACAUCAAGCUGGUCAAUGGUUACAUGGACUCAGCUGAGGCAGAUGCGAUGUGUGGCACAGAGACAUGCGCUGUGAAGAACACCUCCUGCGAUAGCAUGGAAUCUGACAGUGCUCCACAGAGCAGGCAAGAUGAAGCAAUGGCUUUGGCUAAGCAUGACGAUGAAGAUACAUUCAUUGAAGCACAGCUCCAGCAGACUUUGGCUGACCUGGAUGAAGAUUUAGAAGCAGUAGAUGGUAUGAGUAACUCUGACUCUGACUACAUCAAUGAAGCAUUGAACCCACAUAUAAGAAAAGCUGAGGCUGCCCAAGAUGUUUCCAUUUCUGUUCCAGUAACAGUCAUAGACGAUGCUCCAGAAGUUAGCACCUCUAACUCAGAUGAAAAUCAAGAGAUGGAGAUGAGGGUUCCACAAAAUAUCUCAAUCGACUCUGUUAAUACAGGAAACUUAACAAAUAAAAACAACAAUGCAAGUUCCUUUGAUAAGGGACACACAGAUGGUGGAGCUGUAUGCUUAUCGAAGGACCUAAUACAUCAGCAACCAUCUGAAAAUGAAUUCAGUCAUUUGCCUGUGGAACAGCGGAGAGAUAUGUUUGAAUCUCUCACAUCCUCCUUCGAAAAAAGAAGUGAAAAGAACUUAAGACUGGAACCCCCUCCCAAACAUGGUGUGAAGUCUGAGGAAUGUAAAUCUAAGCUGAGUCCAUCUCACUCCAAGACCACAGCUGAAAUCAAUACAGCAAAAGAGAAGCUAAAUCCGUAUAAUGAAUAUAGCAGCAGGGAAAGAUCUCUGAAAAAAAGUAAAUCAGAAUUAGAAAUCAAAUGGCCACCAGCAAAAAAAGUGGAAGUAGAAGAUGUCCCAUCAGCACCUACAUGGUGUCAUCGUGCCCAGAAUUCAGGAUCGAACUAUGAACCUAAAAUGGGUUUGACAACCUUUAAAGUUGUCCCUCCCAAACCUGAAGUAAGACAUUUCGAUAGAGGAGUUUCACUCUCCACUGGUGCCAUUAAGAUAGAUGAACUAGGCAACCUUAUAAGCCCAAACACUGGUGUUAGUAAACACAUACCAGGUUCUUCUUCUGAUGAAAGUGAGGAAAUUCAUAUUGGGAAAGUGAAGGCAUUCUGGAGGUCAAGUUCUAUGGAAAAGCAAAGUGAUGACUCUGCUGAGCAUUUUUCUAAAAAGUCAGCAGUCACCGCAAACUCUAAACCCUUUACUGUAAAACAUGAACACAAACCUGUCUGUCUUGCAGCUCCAAAACUUGUAGCACCACAAACUGUUACUACCCAGGUAGCCGAAAGACAGUCUGAGAAUGAAAGGACCAAACUACCUCUUCCAGUUACACAGUCUCAGGUGACACCAUUAGCAGCCCCAACCAUUAAUAAGGACAAGCUGGAACUUCCAUUUGUAAAGCCACAUAGGAGAACUUCCAGUCAGUAUGUUGCCUCUGCCAUUGCAAGACACAUCAAUGCAACUACCUUUAAGUCUGACUCUGCGGAAUAUCAUGAGAAAGAUGAAAACAAGCAAGGGGCAGGAGAGGUUAAGACUGAAGCAGAAGUUUCACCAAAAAGAUGUAUUAUUGUGGCCAAAUAUAGCCCUGUGGAAACAGAGUCAGCAGAAACAAGAGAAACACUUUCAAGUGUUUUUACUUGCAGUCAGAAAGCAUCCCACAGGUUUACACCUGGUGAUAAUUCUGGCUUGGAAAACAAAGUAGUUAAUAUCAGGGCACCAAAUCAAGCAACUCCUCUGAGUUUCUAUAAAAAGAAUGGCAGUGUCCCACUUACUAAAUCCUCUUCAAAGGAUAACAACAGUGCAGAAGAGGAUCGUGGUUUAAACAGCAAACAAAGUAUAGCAGAGAAAAAGACACGUCUCAUGUUUGACCAGAAAUGUGAGGCUUUGACCCUUACUAAUUCAGCCUCAUCUCUUAAGUCUCCUGACCUCCAAGGAGUCCCAUCCUCUUUCAGCUCAUCUUUGCGAGUCGCUAAAUGGCCUCCUGCUAAUGGUGUUCAAGUUAAUUCAUUUAAAGCGUCAUCUGAGUUAAACAGUGCACCAGCAAAUGCAGAGUCAGAACAGGAGGAGAAACCUGAUGAUUCAGAUAUUAAUGCUGUCAGUGAAGUGGAUAUUAAUGUGCAGACCAAUAUCUUUGGACCAAAGAAGAAGUUCAAACCUGUUAUUCAGAAACCAGUUCCAAAAGACACAUCACUGCACAGUGCCCUAAUGGAAGCCAUUCAGACUGGAGGGGGAAAGGAGAAACUCAGAAAGGUUUCAAACAGUGCACUAAAUGGCAAUCACAGGAAACCCUCAUAUGCUGAGCCAGAGAAUGCGCGCUCAGCCCUACUAGCAGCAAUUAGAGGCCACAGUGGCACCUCAAAGCUGAAAAAGAUCUCCUCUUUGGCCUCUGAAGAGCUGCAGCGUUUUAGGGAUGCAGAACUAUCCUUGCAGAAGACAGAAGACGUUCAGGAAGAGCAGCUUUGUAUCCCACCUGCCCCUGCCCAGCCACCACCACCACCUCCCAUUCAGCUGGCAGCAGCAGCUCCUAAAUCCUCUGCCACAGUUACAGGUAACCCAUUGGAGGCAAGGCAAGCUCUAAUGGAGGCCAUUCGCUCUGGUGCUGCAGCAGCAAAGUUAAGAAAGGUCCCUCUGCUUGUUUAAAUCGUAUAAAAAGAACAGAUAAUUGGAAAAUCUUACCCCAUAUGCAUCCAUAAUCAUCAUUCAAGCUCUGAAGUGGCAAAAAACAUCAAGAAGUUUAGUAUAUUCUCUUGUCUACAAGCCAAAAUAAGUUGUAGAUAAUUUUCUGUGUGUUCCUGCAUAAUGGUUCUAAGGGGGAAAUAUGUUGCUCUGCUGUAAAGCUUCUGUGCCAAGGAAUUGUGUUUUGCCUCUGAAUAUUUAAAGUUGCCAAUAAACCAUUCUUGUUGGCAGGUUAAUAAGAAUAUAAGCACUGUGCAGUCCUGUGUUAAUACUUAAUUGUAUUUAUGGGCAAAAUUAAAAACUUUACUAGCUAUCUGAAAAGUGAUAUUCAUUUUAAGUUGUUAAAAAUAUUUCAAACUAUUUCAAACUAUUUACUUGCUUCUUAUUUGAUUUCAAAAAGGGCUGUAAAUGGUUGGAGUGAAAACCAGAAUAAAGGUCUAUAAAAAACAAUCACAAGAAAAAAUUAUGGUACCUAAGUUGUCAUAUGCUGGGGUCACUGGUUUUUAAAAUUAAAUUAACUUUCUAUCUCUGAUGGAGCUCCGAGAAAGCAGGCAAUUAAUAAUGAAUGUGAGACAGUGUCUAUUGCAAAGUUACUUAUGGGAUAUGACG